CUCCCAAAACGUGCCCCCAGUGGCGAGCAUCUGGCACUGUCAGUGAUCACCGAGCAAAUACAGUUGCUGGUUAUCGGCAGCACUUUCCCCACGCUGUCACAGGCAUCUGCACUGAUCAUCAGCAGUGCUGCCCAGCAGUGCCACCCACUAGUGCUCAGCAGUGACACCCAUCAGUGCCCAGCAGUGACAUCUAGCAGUGCUGCCCAGUAGUUUCGCCCAUCAGUGCCCAGCACUGCUACUCAUCAGUGCCACCAAUCAGUGUCAUCAGUCAGUGCCACCAGUCAGUGCUGCCCAUCAGUGUUGCCAUCAGUGCCGCCUAUCAGUGCCCAUCAUUGCUGCAUAUCAGUACAGCAUUAUCAGUGCCUCCUCAUCAUUGUCCACCAAUG